UUAUGAUUUCACCCGUCGAUUAGAUAACAGCAGGUGUUUCCACAUAAUGAGCUGUGACUCACUCGAAGUCCAAGCGUGUUUGAAGUUCAUUGGACGAAGCGAAACACUGUUUGUUGUGGAACAUCAUAAGUGACAGAGAGGUGGCCACAGAAAGGUCAGCUGUAUCAGGAGCAUGAAGGCCACCCAAAACAAAAUGUUGUAAAACGUCGUUCAGCAUCGAAAAUACGAGCAGGACAUCUGUAGCUGCAUGGCAAGUGGCGUGUGUGCUGCAGCUGUAGCGAAUCACGAAAUACCAGAGCAAUCAAACUGUGGCGGUAGUCAUUUUCAGGAAGUAUGAUAAUUGCGACAACACCAGCAUGUACUUGUUACGAAUUUUGAAAGCAGACUACCAUAACAUAUUACGAUCUGGUGGCUCUCCAACAAUCUAUUUUGAAAAAUGCUACUAUUAUGUUGUAACAUCUACAUGUAACAGUAGGCAAAAUUCAUUGUCACUCAACUGGCUGGUGGCAAGAGAACAAAGGAGUAAUACUUUCCUGCAUUGCUGAAGACUAUAGUAUAAAAUCUGUUUGAAGUGCUACUGAAUUGUAUAGAACAUGGCUGUUCCAUCGGAAGCUUCGUGCUGCUCAGUUCCGAGACGAAUGAUUUUUCACAUCUUGGAUGCUGUGUUUCUAAUCACGAUACUGAUUCUUCAAGGAACAAUUCUCAAUUAUUACAUUAUUAAGCACUCGAAGCAUCAUGUCACACCAUACUUUUGGUUCAUUGCAGAUAUUGCUAGUCUUUUUAUUUUUGCUGGAACAUUAACUGUUUCUUACCAGUACCUGACAAAAGUGAAAAGCGAUUUUGAUACAGAUACUUUUUUCCUGUCGCCAAAACGUAUUUUACACCGUAAGUUUCCCACAUCUAAACUUGGCAUCAUGCCUUUAAGUUAUGUUUCGUGGAUAAUUUAUAGCACAUUUCAUUUCAGUAAAGUAGCAGUAAUAUUCAAGUCAGGUAUACCUGAUCAUCUGAAGGCAGAUGACUUCUUGGGCAACCAAGCAUUACAGAUAACAAUUGCAUUAUCAGGAAUAAUCUUCAUUUUACUUGCUGAAGGGCAUAAUUGGUCCACUCGCCAGUCUCCUCGUUAUCUUUAUGUCACUUCUGUUGGGUGGAAAACAGGUAUCGAAAUACUGGACACAGUUAAUCUGUUGGCACUGCUGUUGGUAAACGAAACUAAAAUGAUACUGACUUACACAUUAGAAAACUCAGUUCUUAUAGUGUGCUCAUUUAAUUUCUUUUUACCUGCUCUUGCUCUUUACAAAUUAAGCUUGUCUGAUAUGAAUCACGUACGUUUGUUCUUGCCACUUAAUGUUUUGUAUAAUGUUUUGCAUCUUUGCCUAAUUGAUAUACCAUUCUUAGCUAUACGGAUUUACAUAUGGGUUAAUUAUAAUAAGAAUGCAUCCAUAUUUAUUAUGAAAAAUGUUUUUGGCAUUAUAAUGGUUCUUCGGAGUGCGUAUCCUGACCUUCAUGAACUGUUUCAACGAGGAUAUGCCAGUAAGUUAACUUCCAAUCAAGGACACAACAGGGCAACAAAAGAGGACAUUUCGUUGCAUGUUCUUAAUGCUGAUGGUAGUAACUUGCUACAUGAGGUGCAAAGUAGAUGAAAUAUUAUAUGUAGAUGCUAAGUGUACUGGCUGUGUAAUCUCUGGCUGCAGUAUUGAUUUACCGUGACACAUGCAGAUAAUGCAUUCAGACUGAAUAAGUAAGUUAGAAUCCUUCGCAGCAUGCAUUAGUUGAUCAUGACUGAUAUUUUGUUAGCUAAACGGUGGUUUUUUCAGACUAUUGCUGCGGAGGGUAACUCUAUUUUUAUAAAACUUUUGGUAUCUUACCAUGAAGCAAUGAAGGCAGUUACCUAUAUUAUUUCAGGUAUACACUACAAAUCAGUA